CAGACCACUGUAUCGACGUUUCACUGUAUCCAAUCAGGUGGCUCACUUACCCCGUGGGGAAUACAUUUGCAACCGCUGUCAUCUUUAAGAAGGCAGUCCGGGGCUCCACAUUCCGUUCUUCCCUCCUCAUCAAGCAAUUCGGCUUCCACUUCUCCACUUCUCUUCUCAGCCUUCUCCGGCCUCGACAAUCUUCACCCACCCUCUUCGCCCACACCCCACGUCACAAGAUGAAGAUCGAGUACCCACCCGAGAUCAACAAUCUCCGAACAUGGGGCCUCGCAACCGUUGCAGCCUUUGCUUCCGGCAUGAUCGGCUACGACAGCGCCUUUGUCGGUGGCACUUUGGCGCUGCCGGCUUUUCUUAGGGAGUUUGGCACCCUUGACAAGGACACCUCUUCGAACCUCGUGUCAACGUACCAAGCCGGUGCCUUCUUUGGUGCCUUCGCCGCUUACCCAACCGGCGUCUACCUCGGCCGCAAGUGGGGUCUCUUCGCUGCAUCCCUCAUCUUCACCGUCGGAAGCAUCAUCAUGACCAUCGCAUCCAACAACACUGGCCUUGGACCCAUCUACGGCGGCAGAGCCAUUGCCGGUCUUGCCAUCGGUAUGGCUUCCAACCUCGCUCCCACCUACCUGUCCGAAAUCGCACCUACCGCUAUCCGUGGUCGCCUCAUUGGUAUGUGGGAAGUUGGUUGGCAAGUCGGAGCCAUCAUCGGUUUCUGGAUCAACUACGGAGUCAAGCAGCACCAACCGGACACGAGCGACUCUCAGUGGCGCAUCCCAUACGGUUUCCAGCUUGUGCCCGGCGCGCUCCUCCUCUUCGGCACCCUCACCAUGAUCGAGAGUCCACGUUGGCUCCUCACCCGCGGCCGCGAAGAGGAAGCCGUCCGCAACUUGGAGAAGAUCAGAAAGCUACCUGCAUCCGACCCGUACCUCGUCGACGAGCUUGCGCUUUGCCGCGAGUCCAUCCGCGCGGAACGCGAAGUCGUCGGCGCGUCAUUCUGGGGUCCCAUCCGCUACACUUUUGGACAGAGCAAGCUGCGCUACCGAAUGCUCAUCGCAAGCUCUCUAUUCGCUUUCCAAAACGGAACUGGUAUCAAUGCGAUCAACUACUACUCUCCUACCGUCUUCAGGGCUUUGGGUUUGACCGGCACAUCUACUGCACUGCUCACGACCGGUGUCUUCGGUAUCAUCAAGGGUCUCGGAAGUGUCAUCUGGAUCCUCUGGCUCAUUGAGCAGCUCGGUAGACGCAAGAUCCUGAUGGGAGGUGCUUUUGGAGGAUCGAUCUGCAUGUUCUGGAUCGCCAUCUACAUUGCUGUCUCCAAGGUCGGCACUCCUGGUCACACUUCUGGCGAGCUAUCUGCCGGUGGACGAAGCGCUCUUGCUGCCUUCUACCUCUGGACGCUAUUCUACGGAUCCACUUGGAACGGUACGCCUUGGUGCUACUCCGCCGAAAUGUUCCCCACUGCCUCCAGGUCCGUUGGAAUGACCAUCGCUGCGGCAUCAAACUGGCUGUACAACUUCGCCAUCAGCAAGGCUACGCCAGCAGCUUUCGCCUGGUCUAAUUACGGCUUCUUCCUGAUCUUUGCCUGCUUGAUGGUCGUCUCCAUCCCAUACGUCUUUUUCGUGUUGCCGGAGACCAGGCAAGUUCCCCUGGAGCGAAUGGACGACCUCUUCGCCACUAGACCAGUGUGGAGAGCUGGUGAGAUCAUCCUCAACGACAUUGCGCAAAGCGAGAAGCCUUCGGACAACCUGCCUAGAGCUCAUCCCGACACCCUUGAGCGAUCCGGUAACAACCGCGACGACGGCGUCUCUACACCCGAGCGCAAGGACGAAGGAUCUCAGAAAGGACUCGAUGUAGAGACGGGCGACGCUCGCAACUACUGAUUUCGAUAAUGCGCAGUGUUCGCUCCAUAUGCACGCAAUCACUCGACCAA